AUGCUUAAGAAAUUCAAUAUCUUCUGUUGUGGCGGACUCCAGCUGCUGAUUCCCUCACCACCGUCAUUCCCGCCCUCCGCAGCGAACCGGGGCAUUCUGCUUCCACAUCCAUUUUCCUCGCAGCCAUGCCGACCCUAUGCCACGGCCCAGAAUAACUUCAAUGAUGAUCUCUCCUGGCCGGCGACUACGCCUUUCACCCCCUACGAUAUCUUCAAACAGAAACCGGAUGCGCCAUAUUCAAAGGCUCGCUUCUACGACCUCGUCAAGAUCUACCAUCCGGAUCGGCCAUGUAACGGUCAUCCGUUAUGCAAGGAUAUCUCACCGGAAGUGAGGCUGCAUCGUUACCGCUUGAUCGUGGCCGCCCAUGAAAUCCUUUCCGACCCAGCGAAGCGGGCAGCGUACGAUCGAUUCGGUGCUGGAUGGAAUUAUCGCACUGGCGCAGUCCACGCGAAUACCCCGCCCUCUUGGAUGCGGUCGAAUCCGGUAUAUACUAAUGCAACCUGGGAGGACUCGGAGAGAUUCCGUAACAGGCAUAAUGGAAAACAGCAGACUGUUGUCGACCACAGGACCUUUGCAAAGUUGAUUAUUCUUCUUGCGCUAUUCGGGGGCGCUAUUCAGUUGAGCAUGAUUGGCCGGUACAAUACUGGAUACGAGCAGAGGAUUCGGGAUGUUAACGAGAAGUCUGCCCGAUUCCUCACUCGCCGACGAGGGGAGACCGUGGACCAGCCCGGUUCGUCCGAGGCCCGAGUAAAACAAUUUCUGAUCCGUCGGGAUCCUUCCGGCUUUGGUUUGAAAGAAGACGAGCAGGAAGUAUAUAGAGAAAUGCUCCAAAGCGGCUCUGCGCCUGUUGCGAAAACCCAUGAUACUAUGAAUGGCGCUGAAGCGACCGAUGCAGGAAAGCUCGGUACUGAUAAAAUCCAUGAUAUUAAUAAUUGA